UACGGGAACUAGUGCGCGGUGGUGGGUGACGGUACCUAUGGACUCUCCGUAAUACGCAGACCGUGCGCUCUGCCCUUCUCCGUCUCCACCAGAGGAGUCAUGAGCUGUUCUCUUCUCAGGGACUCGUCUUCCGUUUUCAGCCGUAAAUACAAACCCGAAACCACCGUCUUCUUUAUCGCCACCAGUCCCAGCCCGUGUGGCUCAUCGACCGGAACAUCGCCAGCGCGAAGCCGUGCGUGAAAGCCCGAAGGUGCUUUCCCUGUGGCAGCGACGCCAAUGCUCGCCGUGGCGGCCGGUUCAGGGGAUGUCGGCUGGCCGUCACUUUUGACAUCGGCCUCAAACACAGCUGAAUGGGCACACUGCAGGGUCAGUGAAAGAAUGGUCCCCUGUGUCGUCCACCCCUGGGCCAGUGUGAGCCGAGCGUCUGAGUGAGCUCUGCCUCUAAGAAGCUCCGCCCCUCACAGCGGGACACUGCGGAUUUCGGACAUCCGCACCCCUGCGCCCCGCCCACCAUCUCCCUCAGUCUCAGCCAAUCAAAUGCACCCUGACAGUAAACUGACCAAUCAUGGCAAGCAAGUGAACAGUGGCACCCAAUCCCAGAUCCCCAAUGUGAGCCAGCAGCAGCAGCAUCAGGGGCCUGCCGGCAGCCUGGGGUCAAAGGGCGUGGGGGCGGGGAACCAUGGAGCCAAGCCCAAUCAGAUCGCUCCGGGGAACUCUGGGCUGAAGAGUGGCAGCGUGGGGGGCGGGCUCAAGGGGAAGGCCAAGAGGGAGAGGAGCGUUUCGGCCGACGCCCCCGACCAGAGGGAUGCCCUCAACCCCGCCCUCGAACCCGAUGCCAAAGAUGGCGUGAUGCGGAGCAAGCGGCGCUGUGUCCUGGAGAAGAAGCAGCCGUACAGCGGGGACGAGUGGUGCUCGGGCGCCGACACCGAGGAAGAGGAGGAGAAGCCGCCCGUCGCCCCCAACCGGGAACUGUCAAUGGCAGGCUCAGUCCAGCCUCUCUCUGGCCCCUCCCCAAUUGGCCCCGUCAGCGAAUCGAGCGGUCCUGCUUUGGGGAGAGGGGCGGGGCCAGGUCUGCACUCGGAGCUUCCUCGACCUCACGAGCAGGUGGUGUACGUCUUCACUACCAGCCUCGCUAAUGGUGCUGCAGAAGCAGUGAUCCACGGUCAUGCUGAAUCCAUUCUCCUGUUUCACCAGCAGACUGUAUCCCGUACCAAACUGGACCAGUGCACCUCAGGAAAGCUCCCCAGCCUAUCAGAGCAGCUGACCUCCAGUGGCACUCCACCAUCCGGCACGCCCAAAUCUCAGAGCGCCACGCCCCGUCCCGCCUCUGUGGGCGGGGCCAUGGGGGGGCAUCUGCACCCUCCAGGGACCCCGACCUCCACAGGGCACCCCGAGAGCGAGCCCCCUCCGGUGGCCAGGCCGGGUAAUGCGCCCGGCGGGGCGGCUCCCCAGGCGGGGGGCGGGGUUUCGGGGGCCCCUGAGGGACCCGUCCUGCUGGCCCACCCCAGCGCGGGGGUCUCCCCCUCCCCCAGCCCCGUGCUCCUCCAGGGGGAGUUGGCGGCGGGGCAGAGGGGCGAGUUGGGGCCCGGUAACGGUAGCGGGAACGUGGGCCGCCUGUCCCGGGAGCAGCUGGAGCACCGGGAGCGGUCGCUGCAGACGCUGCGGGACAUCGAGAGACUUCUGCUCCGCGGGGGGGUGGCGGGCGCCCCCAACGAGCUGGGCAACCCCAACCCCAACAUCAACAGCCUCCACAACAACAACAACAACAACCCCAACCGGCCCCCAGAGCCCGGCGACGGUCACCCCGGCAACUGCGGCGGCAACAACGGCGUGCUGAAGAAGUACGAGGAGCCGCUGCAGUCCAUGAUCUCCCAAACGCAGAGCCUGGGGGGGCCCGGGAUGGACGACCCCCAGCUGGGGGCGCUCCACGGCCUGCCCCACCCGCACCCGCACCUCUCCUCGCCCCCGGGGCCCCUGGACAUGGGGCCCCUCCUGGGGCCGGACGGGCUGACCCCCGAACAGGUGGCCUGGCGGAAGCUGCAGGAGGAGUACUACCAGGAGAAACGGCGGCAGCAGCAGGACGUGCACCCCCACCCGCACCCGCACCCGCACCCGCACCCCCACCCGCACCCGCACUCCUACCGCAUGAUGACCGACAUGGGGGUGUGCGUGAUCCGCGGGCCCCCCCCGCCCUACCACAGCAAGCCCGGGGACCCCCAGUGGGGGCCCAUGAUGGGCGGGGCCGGAGGGGGCGGGAACGGCCGUCUGAUGGACAUGCACCAGGAGGGGCCCCGGGGCCCCAGGUUCCUGGGGCAGAUGCAGAGGGGGCCCCCCAGGGGUGGCGGCGGCGGCGGCGGCGGGGGUGGUUACCCCGGAAACCAGGGCGGGGUCAUGCCCAUGGAGGCCAUGGCACACCAGAGACCCCCCAGGCCUGGUAUGGGCUGGCUGGAGGACAUGCCGCCGAACAUGGCGGGAGGGGGGCCCUUUCAGAUGUGCUACCCGCCGGGGGGGCCCCAGCACCUGCAGGGGGACGGCGAGCGACCUUUGACCCGGGAGGAGAUGUUCCGGCUGCUGGAGAAGAGGCAGCUGCAGACCCUGCACCGGCUGGAGCUGGAGAGGCUGGCCAAGCAGCAGGCCGGCCUGCUGGGCUUCCCCAAUCCCCCGCGGGGCGACCCCAUGGACUUCCCCAGCAUGCGCGCCAUGAUGGGGUCCCCCGGCGCGGGGGCGGGGCCGGGCGGGCCCCCCAUGAGAGACCUGGUGGACUCGCCCCUCGGCCCCAGCUUCGGCAUGAGCAUGAACAUGAACAUGGGCCCGCAGAUGAGCUCCCAGCAGCAGCAGCAGAUGAUGCUGGCGCAGAAGCUGAGGGCGGGGCUCGGGGGCGGGCCCGGGCCUGGGGGCGGGGUCCCGCUCUCCGAAAUGCUGAGCCCGGAGGAGAUCUCCCAGAUCCGGGCGGCUCAGAACGGGCGGGGCGGCGGGAAAGGCAUGAUGCACUUCCCCAAUCAGGGGCCCUUCCCGGGACCGGGUCCCGGCGGGUACCUCCAGGAGGAGGGGCCGGAUAUGUUCGGGCCCGACCAGCAGGGCCCGCCCCACCCCCAGAUGGGCGGGACGUCCCGGCUCAGCCACAUGCCCCUGAGUGCCGGCCCCCGGGGGGCGGACCUGGGACCCCGGCACCCCUCCGACCUGUCCAUCAACGUCAACCCCAUGGGCUCCCCCGGCGUGGCCCCGCCCCACCAGCUCAAAUCCCCCCUCAGCCAGGACGCCUCGCCCCUCCUGCCCUCGCCCUCCGGCCUGGCCCCCCCGAGCCUCAAAUCGCCCACGGGCCCCCCCACGGGCCCGCUGCCCCCCUCCAGCGCCGCCGGGACCCUGUCUUCCUCCCUGAAGUCUCCCCAGGUGAUGGGCCCCUCUUCCCUGGGACUGCGGUCCCCGUCAGCGUCCCCCGGGCGCCUGCGGUCCCCCGCCAUGCCCAUCGCCUCCCCCGGCUGGGCCGCCUCCCCCAAACCCGCCCUGCCCAGCCCCGCGGGACCCCCCAGCGGCAAGGGAGCCGGCAACGGAGGGGGGAGCUCCGCGGAGACAGGUCAGAGUUCCAGGGGACCCACAGUGAUAACGAGGACAAGAAAAACAGUUUGUGUGUUUGCGAAAAGCCAAUCGCUGCCUCAGAGGAGCUCAAACUCCACCCCCAUCAGCCAGCCGGCCUCCAUGAAUCCCAGCAUGCCGUUCACCUCCUCUCCGGACGUGCCGCCCACGCAGAACCCGCUGUCUCUGAUCAUGUCCCAGAUGUCCAAGUACGCCAUGCCCAGCUCCACGCCGCUCUACCACGAAGCCAUCAAGACCAUCGCCACCUCGGACGACGAGAUGACUCCGGAUCGCCCCCUGCUGCCCGGAGUCAACAUGGCUGGAAACAUGGGGAAUCAUCAGUCCUCCCAGCAGAUGCUCAUCACAUCCCAGAGUUCCAUGGGUCCCCACAGUGGUUCCCAGAGCCCCAUGGGAAUGGUCCUCCAAGGCCCGCCUCAGCUAUCCCACGAUCCCUCUGGGUCGAUGCUGCACUCCCCUAACCCCAUGGGCAUACCCGGCAUGAAUCCGGCUUUAAUGGGGGGUGGGGGCGGCCCCCCCGACGGGAUGGGGCCCUGCAGCGUGUCCCCGAUGCUCCCCCAAAACCAGAUGGGGGGUUUCUCCAGGAUGCAGCCCCAGUCCCAGGGGUCCCUGCACUCCCCCAGUCCUGGGAUGGGACAGCAGUACCCCCAGCCCCCUCCGGAGGACAUGCUGCCCCACCAGCAGGGGCACAUCCUGGUCAAGCGAGGCCCGCACCCCUCCGAACCCUUCCACCCCUCCCUGCCCAUGGGGGACGGGCCGGACCUCAGUGAUGUCAUCCGGGCCACGCCCACGGGCAUCCCCGAAUUCGACCUGUCCCGGAUCAUCCCCUCCGACAAGCCCAGCAGCACCCUGCAGUACUUCCCCAAAGCCGACGGGAUGUCCCAGGCCCAGAUGGGCGGUGCCCCGCACCUCAAACAGCACCUCUCCUCCUCCGGCCCCGCCCCCUCGUCCGGCCCCGCCCCCUCCUCCAACCCACACCUCGCCAACCUGCAGAACAUGAUGGCCGAGCAGCAGCUGGGCCCGCCCCCUCACCCCUCCCACCCGGGCAUGCGCAUGGGCCUGGGCGUGGUGCAGGGGGGCCCCCGGGGGGGCGGGAUGGGGCCCAUGUGCCACCCGGGACCCCCCAUGAACAGGACAGGCAUGUCGCCACAGCAACAGCACCACCUCCAGCAGCAGCAGCAGCAGCAGCAGCAGCAGCAGCAGGCUAUGAUGGCUAACAGCCUCCUGCACCACCCCCACCCUCACCCCCACCCCCACCCGGGCAUGAUGCCCUCUCCCCAGCAUCAGCAGAGCCUGAUGAUGAUGCAGGCCAAGCAGCGGGGCGUGCUCAUCCAGGGGGACCCCUACGCCCCCCAGGGGCCGCUCAUGUCCCCUCAGGGCCCCAUGAUGGGGCCCCCGCACCCGCAGUCGGCCAUGAUGGGGCCCCAGGCCCUCAGGCAUCGCGGGAUGUCCCUGGACAGUCCCCUGGGCUACGGGCCGGGCGGCAUGGCCAACACGCCCUUCUGAACCACAACCUGAACCGGAACCAGAACCACAACAAGAAUCAGAACCUGAACCAGAAUCAGAACCUGAACCUGAGCGUGCGCUCCUGUAAAACUGUAAAAACCUUCUUUUCUCAUGGUUAUUUUAUAUCCUGUUGUUACGUUGUUGUAAAUGUUAUUCUAAAUUUUAUUAUUAUUAUUAUUAUUAUUAUUAUUAUUAUUACAAUGGUUUGAAAGAUUGGGCUCAUCUUGGGAGCGAAACAAAAUGGAGAAACUGAAAACUUCAGCGUCGGUGACCAGCGGCGCCACAACAACAAAAGCAAAUCGUGAAGCCAUGUCAUUUUUAUAUUUGUAAAAUAUGUACAUUUCACAGAUCAGCGCAUUUGAUCGGGGGUGUGGGCGGGGCCGGGGGGUAGUGGGAGGGGCCUUCAUUUUUACCCAUUUUCAUUUCUUUUCUUUUUUUUUUAUUUGUUUUUUUUAUUUUUUAUUCCUUCCUGGCUACUGGGCUGUUGUGUAAGGGAAUAUAUAGAUGCUGUAAAUAAGAUGCAAUUUGUGAUUGUUUGCAACUGUUCUGUAUAACUGUGUUUUAAUAGAAGCCUAAAAAAAAAAAGAGGUGGUAAAAAUG